GGGAAGGCGCCUGAGUGGAUGAGUAGCAGCAUCCCUCUCUUCUCUUGCAUGCUCGCUCUGAGCUGGUUGGGCUAGAGCACGGUGAUCACACACGCACACACACACACGCACACACACACACCCAUUGCCACGCAGGCUCGCACACACACACAGACACACAGGCACACAGGCGCGUUAGCGCCCCAGUCACACGCGCUGCGUAGUCGUUGGUGGUAGCGGCAGCCACAGGGACGUGUAGAAACGGCCGCACCGAGACAGGUUCUCCGCUGAGAGCACCAUGGCGCAAGCCGCCAAGCAGCUCAAAGUGAGGAAGGACCUAGCGGAGGCUGCCGCUCAGGAGCUGAGGGACAAGGAGGAGGAGAAGCUUAAGAAGAGGAACAGGUCGAGGGACCGCCGGCGCAAGGCCCAUGUGGUCCAGCGCUGGCUUUUCGAGCAGGACAGUAGUGUGAGGUCUGAGAGAGGCUCGCUGGAGGCCCGUGGAAUAUGGCACUUUGAUGAAAGAGCUGAUGCUACCACUAGCUACCUGCGAGCCGCUCGCUCAGGCAACUUGGACAAGGCUCUGGACCAUAUCAAGAAUGGCAUAAACAUCAACCUUGCCAAUCAGAAUGGGCUGAACGCGUUACACUUGGCGUCGAAAGAGGGACACGUCAAGAUGGUGCUGGAGUUGUUACACCAUGGCAUCGACCUGGAAACCACCACCAAGAAAGGGAACACGGCUCUCCACAUCGCCGCGCUGGCCGGGCAGGAGAAGGUGGUGGCCGAGCUCGCCCAUUUUGGCGCCAACGUGAACGCCCAGUCACAGAAAGGCUUCAGUCCUCUCUAUAUGGCAGCCCAAGAAAACCAUUUGGAGGUGGUGAAGUUCCUGCUGGAGAAUGGAGCCAAUCAGAGCCUGCCGACUGAGGAUGGUUUCACGCCCCUGGCAGUGGCUCUCCAGCAGGGCCACGAGAACAUAGUCGCACUCCUUAUCAACCACGGUACCAAGGGCAAGGUGCGACUGCCAGCCCUGCACAUUGCGGCGCGCAAUGAUGACACGCGCACUGCUGCAGUGCUGCUGCAGAAUGACCCCAACCCAGAUGUCCUGAGCAAGACUGGUUUCACUCCUCUUCAUAUUGCGGCGCACUAUGAGAACCUGACCGUGGCUCAGCUCCUCCUAAAUCGAGGCGCUAAUGUCAAUUUCACCCCCAAGAAUGGAAUCACACCUAUGCACAUAGCGUCGCGGAGAGGGAAUGUCAUCAUGGUUCGCCUACUACUGGACAGAGGGGCUCAAAUUGAUGCCAAGACCAAGGAUGAGCUCACCCCGCUGCACUGUGCUGCCAGGAAUGGCCACGUGCGGGUCAUCGAGAUCCUCCUGGACCAGGGAGCCCCAAUCCAGGCCAAGACCAAGAAUGGUCUGUCUCCCAUCCACAUGGCGGCCCAGGGGGAUCACAUGGACUGUGUGCGGCAGCUGCUGCAGUAUAACGCUGAUAUCGAUGACAUCACACUGGACCACCUGACGCCACUCCAUGUAGCCGCCCACUGCGGGCACCACCGCAUGGGCAAAGUCUUGCUGGACAAAGGAGCCAAGGCCAACUCCAGAGCACUGAAUGGCUUUACUCCGCUCCAUAUCGCCUGCAAGAAGAACCACGUGCGCUCCAUGGACCUCCUGCUCAAACACUCAGCAUCUCUGGAGGCUGUGACUGAGUCUGGUCUGACGCCUCUGCACGUGGCUGCAUUCAUGGGGCAUCUGAACAUUGUGAAACACCUGCUGGCCAGAGGAGCGUCUCCCAACGCCUCUAACGUGAAAGUGGAGACGCCUCUCCACAUGGCUUCGCGAGCGGGACAUUGUGAGGUGGCCAAGUUCCUGCUGCAGAACGCUGCCCAGGUGGACGCCGCUGCUAAGGAUGACCAGACCCCCCUGCACUGUGCCGCCCGCAUGGGCCACAAGGAGCUGGUCAACCUCCUGCUGGAGCACAAGGCCAAUCCCGACUCGGCCACCACGGCCGGCCACACCCCACUGCACAUCACGGCGCGGGAGGGACACGCCCUGACCACGCGCAUCCUGCUGGACGGCAACGCCCAGCAGACCAAGAUGACCAAGAAAGGCUUCACGCCGCUGCAUGUGGCCUGUAAGUACGGUAAAGUGGAUGUUGCUGAGUUACUGUUGGAGCGAGGAGCAAAUCCCAAUGCAGCUGGAAAGCAAAAUGGCUUGACUCCCCUGCAUGUGGCCGUCCAUCACAACAACCUGGAUGUGGUCAAGCUGCUGGUCAGCCAGGGUGGUUCUCCACAUAGUCCUGCACGAAAUGGCUACACGCCGCUGCAUAUAGCAGCUAAGCAGAACCAGCUGGAGGUGGCUGGCUGCCUGCUGCAGCACGGCGCUAACACUAACGCGGAGUCCCUCCAGGGCGUCACACCCCUGCACCUCGCCGCGCAGGAGGGCAUCCCCGACAUGGCGGCCCUCCUCAUCUCCAAACAGGCCAACGUCAACCUGGGCAACAAGAAUGGGCUGACUCCUCUGCAUCUGGUGGCUCAGGAGGGGCACGUGGGCAUCGCUGACAUGCUCGUCAAGCAGGGAGCCUCUGUGUAUGCCGCAUCACGGAUGGGCUAUACUCCGCUCCAUGUGGGAUGUCACUAUGGGAACAUCAAGAUGGUGAAGUUCCUGCUGCAGCAGCAAGCCCACGUGAACUGCAAGACCAGAGUGGGCUACACUCCCCUGCACCAGGCUGCUCAGCAGGGCCACACAGACAUCGUCACACUGCUGCUGAAGCAUGGAGCUCUGCCCAAUGAGAUCACCACAAACGGGACCUCUCCCCUGGGCAUCGCCAAGCGCCUGGGCUACAUCUCAGUCAUCGACGUGCUCAAGCUGGUGACGGAGGAGUCUGUGUCCAUGAUCACCACAGAGAAGCAUCGCAUGAGCUUCCCGGAGACGGUGGAUGAGAUCCUGGACGUGUCGGAGGAUGAAGGAUGUGCACAGCUAACAUUAGGUGAUGAGUUGUUGGGUAUGGACGGGGCACGGUGUCUGAAGCUGGACGAUCUCAAAGAUCAGGACGAUGACUUCCUGUCCCCCAAGAAAACCCUCCGAGACUUUGAGAGCGGGCUGGGAACAACGCCGUACUCUCCAGCAAUUCCCAGAAUCCCUUGCGUGUCUCCAGAAACAGUCAUGCUGGAUCAGCACACUCCUAUCCCCCUGCCUAAGGAUUAUGACGAGGACUCUCUGAUCCCCAGUAGUCCAGCUACGGAGACUUCAGAUAACGUCAGCCCUGUGGCCAGCCCCAUACACACUGGAUUCCUGGUGAGCUUCAUGGUGGACGCGCGAGGCGGGUCCAUGCGGGGAAGUCGGCACAACGGCCUGCGGGUCAUCAUCCCGCCGCGCACUUGUGCCGCCCCCACCCGCAUCACCUGCCGCCUGGUCAAGCCCCAGAAACUCACCACACCACCCCCCCUAGUGGAGGGAGAGGGACUCGCCAGCAGGAUCAUCUCACUGGGUCCCUCCAGCAUGCAGUUCUUAGGGCCCGUGAUUGUGGAGAUCCCUCACUUUGCAUCUCUGGGCCGGGGUGAUCGAGAGCUGGUAGUGCUGCGCAGUGAGAAUGGCUCCGUCUGGAAAGAACACCGUAACCGCUACGGAGACGAUGUCCUUGAAACCAUCCUCAACGGCAUGGAUGAAGACCUGGAGAGCCAGGAAGAGCUGGAGAAGAAGCGCAUCAGGCGAAUCAUCUCCACCGACUUCCCGCUCUACUUCGCCGUGGUGUCCCGUAUCCAGCAGGAGAGCGAUCUGAUUGGCCCUGAGGGCGGUCAGCUGACCUGCAAUCUGGUGCCACAGGUGCAGGCCAUCUUCCCCGAGACGGCGGUCACCAAGCGCGUCCGACUGGGCCUGCAGGCUCAACCAAUCCCUGACGAGUUGCUGACCCGGCAGCUGGGUAACCAGGCGACCUUCAGCCCUGUGGUGACGGUGGAGCCGCGGAGACGCAAGUUCCACCGGCCCAUUGGUCUGAGGGUCCCUCUCCCUCCCUCCUGGAGAGAGAGCCCACGCGACGCCGGGGAGGGGGACACCACCAGCCUGCGCCUCCUCUGCAGCGUGAUUGGUGGAACAGCCCCUGCCCAGUGGGAGGACAUCACAGGCACCACCAAGCUCAUGUACUCCAACAACUGUGCCAGCUUCACCACCAACGUGUCUGCUAGGUUCUGGUUGGCGGACUGCCCUCGUACGGCAGAGGCGGUCACCUUUGCCAACCUGCUGUACCGCGAGCUGAUGUCCGUGCCCUACAUGGCCAAGUUUGUGGUGUUCGCCAAGAUGAACGAGGCGCGCGAGGGCCGCCUGCGCUGCUACUGCAUGACGGACGACAAGAUGGACAAAACCCUGGAGCUGCACGAGAACUUCAACGAGGUGGCCCGCAGCCGUGACAUCGAGGUGAUGGAGGGCGUAGCACUGCAUCUAGAAUGUUCUGGAAACCUGGUGCCCAUAAGGAAGGCUACUCAACAGCCUCGCAGCUUCAGUUUCCAGGCCUUCAGAGACAACCGGCUGCCCGUCUCUGUCAAGGUUAGAGACAGUAACAAGGAAGCCACUGGGUUUCUGUCUUUCCUGCGCAAGUCCACCAAAUACGAGGACACUCAGCAUGUCCUGUGCAACCUCAACAUCACCAUGCCACCCGCCCUCAAGGUGGUGGGCAGUGAGGAGCGCCGGCGAACUCUGACCCCUCUGGCACUGCGGGAGCGCUACAGCGCGCUGAGCGACCCGGGCCUGGCCACUGUGAAUGCCAUGGAGAGGACUGAGCUGAAGAUCUCCCUCAUAGCAGAGCAGCUGGGACUGAGCUGGGCAGAGCUUGCUCGUGAGCUGCUGUUUGGGGUGGAUGAGAUCAACAGGAUCCGGGUGGAGAACCCCAACUCCCUGCUGGACCAGAGCUCCGCGCUGCUUAGCCUGUGGGCGAGCCGCGAGGGCCAGAGAGCCAAGAUGGAGAAUCUGUAUGGCGCCCUGAAGAACAUCGACAGGACAGACAUCGUGAAGUCCCUGGAGAUCCAGGCUCCUCAGGCUGCCACUGAGUGCAUGGAGGAGGGCGCGAGCCGACUGAGCGACCGUGACUCCACCCUCCUGUCCCCCAGCGUCAUCAACGGUUACGGCCUGGUGCAGGAGGAGCUCCUCUCCCCGGCCUCCCUGCAGUACAGCCUGCCCUCCCCACUGGGCGUGGAGCCCUACUGGCGGGAGGUGUCGGGCCUGGGCGCCCCCAUCGCCGCCACCGAGGAGGACGCUGUGCUUGAGAUGAUGUCUGACGUGCAGGUGUGGCCGGCGGGCAUCAGCCCCUCGCUGGUGACGGUGGAGGACUCGUCACUGGAGGGCGGCAGCAGCCGGGCCGACGACUCGGAGGGCAACACGCUGAGCCUGCCCUGCAGCAGUCUGGGCCGGCCUAGCUCCGGCGCUAGUGGCGCCUCGGGCUCCAUCAUGGAGCUGGAGGAGGAAGAGGAGGAGGAAGAAGAAGUGGGGGAGGACGCCGAGGAGGACACUCCCGUGUACCACGAGCCACCCAUGGCCUCGGUCUCCGCGGCGGAGCUGGCAGCGGCAAGGGCCAGUGGGGCGGGGGCCGUGCCCAAGGUCAACUUCAAUGGGCAGGUCAUGGGUCAGAGGUCGGAGGGCAGGAGGACGGAGGCAGUAGGCGGUGGCAUGAUGGGGGGAGCGAGAGGAGGUGCAGGAGAGAAAGAGAAAGGAGGAGGAGGAGGAGGAGGAGGAGUAGUUGUAGGAGGGAGAUUAGGAAUGCGUUUAGAGGAAAAGCUCUCUGUCGUUACAGGGCAGCAGAUCUAUGCCCAGCUGUACGAGAAGGUGGGACUGAGCCGAGCAAACGAGCACAACGGAGACAGGCUGAGCCAUGGUGCCUUUCAGCCUUAUGCGAUGUCAUCAACUCGCGAUCACAACCAGUCACGCGUGUCCCAGGAGGCGCUUCUGACACCGGUGUGUGACACGGGCCACUCGGAGGUCCUGCGGGGCCGCCUGCUGGGCACGCAGCCCUUUGAGAAGGGCCUUGGCUUCUCGCAACAGCAGGGGGAGCUUCACUCCUGGGACCAUGACCGACGGAAGAGAGAAGAAGGUGUAGAUUCCCCUGCGGAGCCACAGUUCACGGACGAACACGGAAAUGUAGUUGUGAAGCUGGGUGUGGAAGUGAAGAGGGAGACAGUGAAGCAUACCCGUCUGCGGAGAUAAAAGCACUGAAACAAAUACACACAGUCCUGAAGGGUCGGACAUCCACUGCCAAACCAUCAGUCCCCAAUACACAACCAGGAGACAGAACGAAACAGGCAGAGAAGAAGAGAAGAGGGGAUGGGAAAAAUCCAAAAUGAACGACAAGAAGGCAUCCUACUGACACAACCAGACAUCAACAAAACCGCAAAACCAUCACUGACGACCACUACAUAAGAGAUGGGGCAAAUGUGGAGAGGACAUCUUCCUGUAGUUUUGUAAUAUUUUUAACAACAGCAGAACAAACAAAACAGAACAAAAAAGACAAACACACAAAGAACAACAACAACAAAAACACAACUAGUAUAGGGCAUGAAUUUCUUUUUUACAAAACGUGAAGGAAAAAAACUACAAAAAAAGCAAACAAAAAAGUGCUUCCUGUCAACUGUAAACGCAUGAUUGACUGCUGGUGCAUGACCUAUGACCUGUCAUUAUCUAAAAAAACAAAACAAACAAAAAAAAAAGAGAGGUAUGAAGAAAAGGGACGUCCCAGGAUUUAUGUUGGGGGGGGGGGGGUGCUGAACUUAUCAUGGACCUAUACUGCAAACUGAAGGCAUUUCCAUUGAAAAAGGAGACUUGAAACACUAUUGCUCCAAAAAAAAUGCGACAUUUUUUUUUUCUUGAACAAGACAGUCAGAAAGACAACCAAACAACUUAAUUGAAACUGAGCCCGUUGAUAUUUCACUUCCUCAUCCCACAGACCCUUAAUCCUGUUCCUUCAUGGUAUAUGCACUCUAUGGUCUAUGUGAAUGUGUGACAUGCGUGUAUGAAUGUGAGUGUGUGUCUAUGUGUGGGUGUGUGUCGGCAUGUGUACUCGCUUCUAGCUUGGCACCGAACCCUCUCCUGAUUGGUCCAUGUUUUUUGUGACUAUGUCAAGAUGUUUUUGAUGUGGGAAUGAGAAAAAAAAUGAUUGUGCUUUUUCUGCUUUCUCUGCGUUUGUGUGUGCGCGCGUGUCCGAGUGUGCUUGCAUGUGUUUGUGUCCGCAUUUAUCUGGGCCUUGUUCCGUUUCCCUUUGUGUAAAGAAAACUAUAAAUUGUAUUGUUUGUG